CAAAACGAACAGUUACGGACGCCAGACCUGAGCUAACCAAUUUUAAAACGCUCGCAAGCAUUUUGCGAGCGACUUUUCAACAAAUCCGCAUUUUGUGCCGAAUCUCGUUCAAGCCUCAGGCCUCAAUUGUCACCAAUACUCCUCUUCAGCAAGAUAAGCUACGUAGGCGACACUCACAGUGAACUAUAAACAUGCGCCAUGUAUGCUGUGUUCUGCACAAACUGCUGGCAUUGUUUCGAACCAUGGUGAUCAGGCUUUCCAGACAAACUCUACACCCAUAUUAUGUUUUGCAGCGUAUAAUUGGCAUUUUGACUUCCAGAUUUAUGCAUUCAAGUGAUACACACGCGAGUAGCAGCACUGGUCGUCAUAGGCAUCAAUGCAGUGACGCUGAUACUUCAUCAGUAGCCAUCCUCCCAAGCCUCUGCCACUCCUCCGAGUCCAGGCACUCAGCAGGCCAGAACUCGGUACACACUCGCGCGGAUGACUCGCUUACCGAAGAAGCCGAAUCUUACCAUGUUUCUGUGUCCAUCACCACUUCGUUGCAGGACAACGGUACUUCUCUAAUUAUCAAGCCGAUGACUGCAAGUGAUGUUCAACGUUAUAAACUUCAUCCCGCAGAUCAUCGGCAGAGGAUAGAUACAGGUUUCCAGAUCUCACCAGGCCAAAAGGAUUUUUCGGUAUUUCCCGACAAGUUCACAGCAGGCGAUAUCACUUGGAAUUGUCAGAUUCAUCCGCAUGGCACUCUGUACUUCUCCAGCGAAUUGUUGAUGUGGAAAGACGCGGAUAUGGAGACAACCGAAGUUGAAAUUACGGUGUACACAGAUGCCGACGUACGCGAGCAGUCGAACUCUGAUGCAGUUGCUUCUUGUGUAAGAACGCUCCUUGAGCAAGCGCAACUCGCAGGUCACCUUGAAGGCAUCCUCAUGGAGCUCACCGUUGAUUUAUACACAAAGGAUAGUGGGGAACUAGAAUGCAGGUACUAUUUUGUCGCACCUGAUCGGCGGAUUCUGUUUUGGGAAGACCAUUUUGAGGCGAAGCAUUUGUUUGGCGGGGUCAAAGGCAUUACGAGCGGUCAUAUCAAAUAUGCCAUGGAGGCUGAGUAUUGGAUGCACCGGGAGCUGUAUCCAAGCGACUGCAAGAUAACUACUGAACUUCACCGCGAACUGCAGGCAAUGAUCCUCCAUGCCUAUACCGAUACUAUCUUUUCAGAAAUAUCAUUAGCUCCUUUUGACACAGAUGAGCUCCAGCGAGCUCUGAAUAUUGUCGAUUAUUUAAACGGCAUCGUUAACAAAUCUGAUUCGACAACAAACGAUGAAUCUGAUUCAACUACAAAUGAUCAAUACAUAUGGGCGUACGCUCGCUUAAUGCGAAUGUUCACUCGAGCUAGGCUUUCUAAUUUUUACGGUGAAAUAGGAACGAGGCUAGGUACAGAUCACAUUUGUGACAACGAAAACUCGAUGGAAAGAAGACCGAUAGUCAAGCUUUUCAACUUCGUCGUCCUUUUUGGCUCUCCGUCCACGCAUGUCAAACAAAUUGACAGCGUCUGGGUUGACCAAUCUGUCAACCGUCCGCGGUGGAAAAUGUUCAUGAAUAGGUUGACGGGCGAGUGGAGUGGACUAGCAAUCUAUUCAACCGUCAUGUUAGCUGUGGACAUCAGCUUCCUCGCAGUGCCAGUGAUCGGUCAACAAACUUCGGCACAAAUCGCAUUAUACAUCUCGUCGCUCUGCUCGGUAGCUUCGCUGGUCGUCUCCGCUCUUCUUGCGCAAAGCGGUGGGAAUAAAGACAGCAUAAACAGAGCAACGGCAUUCAUGACGCGCAUGACUCAGUCACUUCAUGGCAAAGAGAACCUUGCCAUCAUCUUCAGCUUACCAUAUGCCCUUGUUAUUUGGGGUAUGGUUUUCUUUUUCCUAGCGCUGUCGCUGGUGAUUUUCCUAUCUGCUGAUGUCACAACUUGGUGCACUGUGGGGCCAGCUUGGUUACUCGUAGUCGGGUUUAUUGGCUGGCCAGUGUGGGCAGCUAAAACACCACCGAUUGGACAGUGGAUGUCCUCUUUGUGGAUGGGAAGUGAAAACAUGACAGCAGUAGAGACUACAAAUGAAGCCUAGUGAGAGACAUUGUCAAUGGCAUUGCUACUAGCUCGUCUGCGGGUUCCAAAUUGAUUUGAUUGUAGCUUGC